AUGGAAUUAUUACCAAAACGACCUUCUACUUAUGUAUUUGGGGGUAUGAUAGCACUCUCAUUAUACUUAAAGUAUCUCGAAAACAAGUCAAACAAAGAAAGUAGUAGUAAUAUUAGUGAUAGUAGUAAUAGUAAUACAUUGGAAAGAAUUAAAAAGGAUUAUUACAAGUUACCAACCAACCUAAAGAUACAUAUCAUUAAUGAUGUCGAUCAAUGUGAUCGAUUAUUGUUAAAGUUGUACGAAGAUGUGAUUAGAAACAUCGAGCAAUUAGAUUUUGAAGAACAACAAGAAAAGGAACUUGAAAAACUAAUGAAUGGUAGUCAAGAGGAUGAUGAAUCUUCUUCGUCGUCAUCAACAAUCAAGAUCAUAUCACCUGAACAAUGUAAAGUUGAUAUGAAACAUUUAGAACAACACCAAAUCGAUAAAAAGAAGGAAAAACGUGAAAAGAUGUUGGAACGCGUUCUUGGAUUGGAUGCUGAAUGGGGAAACUCCAAGUCAAUGGCUGAAGCAAGCCUACGCGAAAGCAAUGGAAUCAAAACAAAUGAUAAAGUGGCAUUGAUCCAAAUCGCAUUCAAAGACGAGGUGUUUCUCAUUCAAUGUCUGCGAUUAAAGGCGAUUCCAAAGUCGUUGCAAUUGUUGAUGGCCGAUCAUCGCAUUCUCAAGGUUGGUGUGUCGAUUGCACAAGACGCCACCACCAUCAUCAAGCAUCUUGGUAUCGAAGUCAAGGGAUGCGUUGAUUUGGUGCCACUUGGCAACAUGACUGGAUUCGACGGCUGCGGUCUCGCCGCCUUGGCAAAGUCUACAAUGGGUGUCACUAUUGACAAGUCACACCAUAUUCGAUGUGGUCAUUGGGAGAGUGAACAAUUGACACCCGAUCAAAUCCACUAUGCAGCCUGCGAUGCUUGGAUUGGUCGUGAAAUCUUUAAUGUCAUGUAUGACAAGCAUGUCGAUACGCACAAGACUGAAAUCACACCAACCGAGUUUGUUUCACCAUUUAUUACAUCUACUUUCAAGAUCAAAAACAAGAAUGGCGGUGGCGGUGCUAAAUCAGGAUCAUCUGCCGACUCUCCAAUCAAUGCCAAGAAAAAGAGUAGUUUUGCAACAUUGAUACCCGAUGGUAGAGUGUUGUAUGACAAUUGUCUCAUGUUUGCACAGGAUGGUGAAACGUUGCUGUGCAACAUUAGUAAGAAAAAGGUUGAAUGGUAUCUCUCUCGUAACUUGGCCACCAAGUUUUGUGACGAUCCAAUCAAGAUUAAAUUAACCUUUACCCCAAAAGGCAAUGGUCAUGCCGAAGAUAAAUACUAUCUCUCCAACAAAACAAACAAUUGUUGUGUUUGUGGGUCUGGAAAACAAUUAAUGAGACACUCAAUUGUACCUCAUUCUUAUCGUCAAUAUUUACCAGUCAGAGUUAAAAGUCAUAGUUCACAUGAUGUAGUAUUAUUAUGUUGUGAUUGUCAUUUACAUGUAAAUAGAAGAAUUCAUUUAAUGAGAAUGAUGAUUGCCAAUGAAUAUGGAAUAGAGUAUGAUACUGGAGCCGAUAGCAUGGAAAUUGAUAUGCAAAUAUUAAAGCUCACAAAACAAGCUGCUGUUUUGAUGCAUGCCAUGUACCCAACCUCCUCAAAGAAAUCGGUUCAACUCCCAGCCAACAAGUUUGAAGAAUUCAAGAAAAAUGUUUGUCAACAUCUCAACAAGGAGGAAUUGACUCUGGAAGACUUGACGAAUCUUGCCAAUCAAAACCCCAGAAACAAACGACCAGACUAUAUCCCUCACGAGAAAAGAGUAAUGGACACGGUCAUUUCAAAGGGAGAUCAAGAAAUUGAAAAGUUUAUCGUCAAAUGGAGACAACAUUUUGUUCAAGUUACCAGUCCAAAGCAUUUAAAUGAACAUUGGGAUAUUAAUAAGAAAAGUUUUCAAAAUUAA